AUGUUCCCUACCAGCCAUGGUUUGCCCUCCGAGAGCCUCUUGGAAGGAGAUGCGGUGACCUUAGAUAGGCUGCAGCCCGUGAGGCAGCUCAGCGUGAACAGCGCCCGAGUCUUGUACAAGGAGGUCGGCUUCAUGAUUGAUGGCUUCCCAAAGCCCGUGGUUCUGGCGGAUGCCCUUGUCCCAGAUUGCCCCAUCGUGGGGGCGUCGGACUCCUUCGCAAAGUUGUGCGGCUACUCCCGUGAUGAGAUCUUGGGGAAGAACUGCCGGUUCCUGCUGAAGGAUGUGCCAGGGUGCUGCAUCUCCAGAUCUGGGCGCAAAAACCUACGGUCGAUGAUCCGCAUGUGCCGGCUCAUUGGUCUUUCUGCCAUGGGAAGCACCAGCUGCUGUCAGACCAACCGCAAGCGCGAUGGUGAGACAUUUCUUAAUAUGUUUGCCGUGGGCCUUGUCCUCCUUGACGAGCAUCCUUUCUUGGUGGGGGUGCAGUCAGAGAUGGGCACCGCAGAUUCAACGGCCCACGUGAAGCAGGACCAGCAUGCUCUCAUCGAGCAGAUCAGAGUGAUCUUGCAGCAGGGGCUGUCAGAGAAUGCUUCAGCUGUCCUUGCAAAGGAGCAUUUCUUGCCACCUCGACCACGGAAUCUUGCCGGAUCCCCAGCCUUCUCCCCCACAGCCCUGACGGAGCGGGUGAUCCUGCUGAACGACAGGCGCACGGUAAUGAGACGAGAGCCUUGCGAGAUCCCAAAUGGUUGUGUGGUGAUCACUGAGCAGCCCCUUCGCCGAACGCGGCAAGGGCUCUUCUUUGCAGUCCGGAUGGAGGGUGUGCUCCGUGAAGGCUGGCACACGACCUGGCCAAUGCUAGGCAUCACUGAAAUCCCGCCAACUGAUAUGGUUCGGGAUGGAUACCCUCUGCGUGCAGAGUGGUGUGCCAAGAGCGUUUGCAUUGGUGGUGAAUUCCAGGCCUUUGUAAGGGAGAAGGCUCAGCACUUCGACGGACAUCGGGCGACGAGCCCCGAUGAGCUUCAGGUCUAUGAGGGACCCAGGCCACGCUGGCAGAACCGGCCUACCACGCCCUGGGACCUCGGUGAGGGAGAUGUGAUGGGCAUGCUCUACACGCCUUCGGGGGAUAUCCACCUUAUGAUCAAUUAUCAGUCCGUAUUGAGUGUCUCUACUGGAAAGCCCCUGGCAGCUCGAGAUUACUAUGCCUUGGUGGAUUGCCGAGGCCAGGCAUACGAGCUUAUGCUGCUGCCUUAUGAAAUGCCGGUUGUUGGCUACAUGCAGGAACUUGCUCUGCAGCCCCUCAUCAGCCACAAAGUUGUGGACCAUGUGGCCAGAACGGCUGCCAGCCGAGCUGUGUCAUCAUGUACGUUCUCAAUCUCCAUUGCUGAUCCCUCCUUGCCGGACAUGCCCCUCGUAGCGGUCUCCCGUGCCUUCGAAGAAAUGACGGGCUACACCUGCGAAGAGAUUGUUGGGCUAAACUGUCGCUUCCUGAACCACGACUGUGAGAUGGCAACCCGGCAGCGCUACGAUCUCAGAAAGUCUUGUCAAACAGGAAAGGCCUUCACAGGUCUUCUGCAGAACCGGCGCAAGUCGGGUGAGCUCUUCGUGAACCUUUUGGACCUCCGAGGCCUCAGCGUCGCGAAGGAUGCGGAGACUGGCGAGGACAUUUGGUACCUCGUGGGCAUCCAGUCCGAUGUGACGAACCUCGUAGAGCGAGAGGGCCAAAGACACAACGAAAUCAGAGAGCGCCAUGCAGCCGAGCUUCAAGAUGUUGCAAACAACCUGCGGCGGGAGCUGCAGCGAGAGUUUGCUGAGCUAGCGCUGACCUCUCGGACUUCAGGCAGGGAAGAGUCUGAAGCGCACGUAGAGUUUGCAAAGCCGGCUUCGCCCGAGAACACGGUUAUUGUCCCUGCCGCUCCGGGUAUUGAGCGUGGACCGAAGCCAAACCUGGUUCCUAUGAUUGCCUUGCUAUCAGAGCCAGCCUGGAUCAAACAGGAUGCGGAGGACGACGACAGUGAGCCCGAACAAGUGGACCGUCAUGCAAAGAAAACUAGCCAUCGCCUGAAGACGUGCUCCAGCCUCAGCAGCUUUCAAGAAAGAGUAAUGUCUGUUCCCACAGUUUUCCGCCGGCAGUGGUCUUUUACUCCAAUUGCUGGCGCUUUUGUGCUCGGCAUCGGCAGUGCCCUGAUCUGCCAGCUCCUGCUGCGUCAGCGGAAGUGA